UUGUUUUUGCUUCGGCGUCGUGGGCUUGCGACGCCUUUCCGCAGCAGCUCAAGCGGAUUGUUGUAUCUUAAGCGCUUUCAGCUUUUUUAUUGGGCAAUUUGCAAGCAUGCGCAGUCAAUUGCGCGAUUCACCCGGAGAAACAUCACCUUUAUUACUUGCCGAGUAUCGCCAAGGGUGUCAGCGCGGGUUUCCGACGCUCAGCCUCGCGACAACGCCAUCUCUCCGCAGCGGCCAAGUUGGGGCCAAGCCGCGGGUUUUAUCAAUGGCUAGGCGUUGAGCCAUCUUUCGUGAGAGUUGGUGGACGUCAUCUCCAUUCUCCAGGUCUUGUGCAUGGCGUAUGCCGUGCGUUCGCGCCAAGCUGAGGCAGUGUAUUAAGGAGUGGUGUACUGCACGAACUGUUUCCUCUCUCCUCUCUCUUGUCCAGGUUAUCGUCACUAUCACAUCCAAAUCACCAUCGAUCAAUAGCAUCUCAGUCCACAAACGCUUCAUCGCCAUAAAAGACAACCAAACGCCGCAACCAACAAUGAAGCUCCCCACCCUCCUCCUCCUCCUAACCGCCUCCCUCACCGCCCUCGCCCAAGACAACACCGAAAACGACGACAACGACAUCGACGUCCCCGACCUCGACGACAUCACAGAAGACGUCUCCUCCCUCCUCGGCACCGCAAACCCCACCUCCGUCUACAGCCAAGUCAAUUCCUUCGCCUCGGCGCAGCUCAGCAGCCUCUCCGUGCUCGCCGCCACGGCGACGGGCGAGUACGGUAGUAGUUUGCGCUCCGAGUACAGCGAGCUGCAGUCGAGUUUGAGUAGUGCUGGGUCGUUGUUUAGUAGUGUGACGUCCGGUGCGACGGGGACGACGGCGACGACGGCGGAUACUACGGGCUCGACGGCGAGUGGAGGCGCGGGGGCGACGACUUCGUUGCCGACUGAGACUGCUGCUGCUACUACGGCUACGAGUGCUACGGGGGCCGCUGGGGAGACUUCUCCAUCUUUGGAUUCGGAGGGUGCGGCUGGGGCGGUGGUGACUGCGGCGCCUAUUGCUAUUGGGGCCGUGGGGAUGGCUAUCCUGGCUGCUUUGUAGAGGAGGUAGGCUCGGCACGAGAGAUGAAGUGAGAAGGUGAUUGACUCUGGGGUGCUCGAUCGGCUAGAACUGGAUAGGUGCGGGCUAUGUAAGCAUGCUUUUCUCUACACUCUUGGGCCAACUUGCAAUCAUUAUUGAUGUCGCUGUCUCGUAACUCGAAGUUGGCGUUCCAUCUAUCAACCAUUGGUCGCAAGCGUCUGUAGUUGGCUGUAAUCUCCGUUGAACAGGUCCGAGUCGCCACCACUAUCAUCACACAGAUCCAUUAGCACAGUGUCCUCUCAACAAACAAGCGAAACCAUGAC